GCCCGCGCGGCGCCUGGGCUGCUGCAGGAGGGUUCCGCCCUGGCUGCUCGGCCGCGAGGGAAGGAGGGAGGGAGGGGCCGAGAGUUCCCGGUCCGCCUGCCUCUCUCUUCCCUCCCGGGCCGGGGGAAGACACCCUCCCUCGGCCCCGGCGCCCAUCCUACUCUGCGCUGCGCUCACCCCGAGCCGGCGGCGCCAUCUUCCUUCCUUCCCUCCUUCCUCCCUCCCUCCCUUCCUUCCCUCCCACCCGCUUGGCCCUUUGUCUUCCGGGGCGGCGCCUUCCUCGCUGAGGGGGGUCUUGACACAGCCGUGGCUCAGGGGGGCCCCUUCGGGGGGGGAGCCAUGUCCCGGAGGAAACAGACCACCCCCAACAAAGUGCCCUGGGAGCAGGUCUUCGCCGGUCUGGAGGAGCACACCUGGCAGGCGGUGAUGAUGAAGCGCGACUUGAGGGGGCUCCUCCUCCGGGGCCAGGCCCCUCCCGCCCCGCCCCUCUCCGGCCCCCCGAGGGACCCCAGCAGCACCAGCAGCGGCACCGCCAGUGGAAGUGACAGCGAGGAGGAGGAGGGGGAGGAGACCCCGCAGGAGGAGGAGGAAGAGGAGGAGGAAGAAGCCCGCCAGGAGGAUGCAGGUGGCCCCACGGCGGCCAUGAAGAGGGAGCUGCCGUCCGCGGAGCAGCUGGGGCUCCACAAGCAGGUGGGCUUCCCCACUAGCCAGGACUCACUGCUGAGCAUCUCCCGGUGCCCCCUUUGCCAGCUGGAGUGCGGAAGCCGGGAGCAGCUGGUCAGCCACGUCUAUCAGCACACAGCAGCCGCGGUGAGUGCCAAGAGCUACCUCUGCCCCGUCUGCGGCCGUGCACUAAGCUCCCCGGGCUCGUUGGGCCGGCACCUCCUCAUCCACUCUGAGGAUCAGCUCUCCAACUGCGCUGUCUGUGGCGCCCGCUUCACCAGCCACGCCACCUUCAACAGCGAGAAGGUGCCAGAAGUGCUGUGUGGAGAUGCCCUGCCCAUCCCACUCCCUGAGGGCUCCUCCGAGACCCAGGAGAAGACCCCUGAUGGAGACCCUGCCGCCCCGGGCCCGGCGGUCUUCCCCGCAGGCCUCCUCCUGGUGUGCAACAGCUGUGUGGCCUACCGGAAGCUGCUGGAGGCCCAGGCCCCCGGGGUGCGUAAGUGGGCCGUGCGGCGGCAGAACGAGCCCGUGGAGGCCCGACUGCAGCGCCUGGAGCGGGAGCGGACAGCCAAGAAGAGCCGGCGGGACAGCGAGACGCCUGAGGAACGGGAAGUGCGGCGCAUGCGGGACCGGGAGGCCAAGAGGAUGCAGCGUCUGCAGGAGACGGACGAACAGCGAGCGCGCCGCCUGCAGCGGGACCGCGAAGCCAUGCGCCUCAAGCGUGCCAAUGAGACGCCCGAGAAGCGGCAGGCCCGGCUCAUCCGGGAGCGUGAGGCCAAACGGCUGAAGCGGCGGCUGGAGAAGAUGGACAUGAUGCUGCGGGCUCAGUUUGGCCAGGACCCCUCGGCCAUGGCCGCUCUGGCUGCAGAGAUGAACUUCUUCCCACUUCCCGUGGGCGGCAUGGAGCUGGAUGGCCAACUCCUGGGCAAGAUGGCCUUUGAAGAGCCCAGCGCCAGCGCCCUGCACUGAAAUCCCCUGAAAGCCAUGGACCAUUGCAGGGGGUCCUUGCGUUGGAGCUGCACCCUUUCGCUGAAGAGGGAGAGGAUGCCAGGGUGGGACGGGCACUGCGAGUUGGGAGCAGACCCCAGCCCAGUUAGGGCUGGGGUGGCAGUCAAGAGAAUAAAUUAAUUGUACUUGUUCUGGUCAA